ACUUGUACUUGCAUAAUCUGUCACCUGCUACUUUUGUCCUGUGACUACAUUGAAAACUUGGCAACAAAACUAGUUAAAGAAAAAAAGCUUGGCAACAACCUUAUUUGGAUUCAGAUUCUUUCAAUUAUGAAGCCCAUUGAUUAAUAUUUCAUUACAGAACUGCUUUUGUCUCAUUCAUUGAAUCUUCCCCUAUAAAAAUCUCCACUGCUUCCUUCAAUCCUCAACACCAAUACAUCUCACUGUGUUUUUACACUUUGCUCAUACCUGGUUUGCUCUAUGGCUCAGAAUUCAGAGAUCAAGAAUGAUGAAGACCUCAAAGUUCAUGUUUUCUCAUCAGCCUCAGAGUUGCUUGAAAAGCUGCAACAGAAAUGGGAUUCAGUUAAGAAGCCAUAUCCAGCUAUGUAUUCUAGCGUCUAUGGAGGAAUUAUUCUUGAUCCUGCCAUGAUGGUCAUCCCAAUAGAUGAUCAUAUGGUUCAUAGAGGCCAUGGUGUCUUUGAUACAGCUAUCAUUCUUGACGGGCACCUCUAUGAGCUGGAUGUCCACCUGGAUCGUAUCCUCAGAUCAGCAGCAAAAGCUAAGAUCAAAUCUCCUUAUCCUCGAUCAACUCUGAGAAGCAUCCUCAUUCAGCUUGCUGCAGCAUCACAGUGCAAGAAAGGAACUCUAAGAUACUGGUUAACAGCUGGACCUGGGGACUUCUUACUGACACCUGGAGGAUGCCCAACAUCUGCCUUCUAUGCUGUAGUAAUUGACGAGAACUUUUCCCAGUGCAAAGAAGGCGUGAAAGCAAUAACAUCAACCAUUCCCAUAAAGUCACCUAUGUUUGCAACAAGUAAGAAUGUGAACUACCUCCCAAAUGUACUCUCAAAACUGGAAGCAGAAGAGAAGGGGGCCUUUGCAUCCAUAUGGAUAGAUGAUGAAGGUUACAUUGCAGAGGGUCCGAACGUGAAUGUAGCUUUUAUAACCCAUGAUAAGGAGCUUAUCCUGCCUUUCUUCGACAAGAUUCUCAGUGGCUGCACUGCACUCAGGCUUCUUGAACUAGCACCAAAGUUGGUCGAACAAGGACGCCUGAAAAGUGUAAAAACGGCUAAUCUCACUCUGGAGGAAGCUAAAGGAGCAGCUGAAAUGAUGUAUGUAGGAAGCACUCUUCCUGUACUGCCGAUCAUCGCAUGGGACGACAAACCAAUUGGAGAUGGAACUGUUGGCGAGCUAACAAUGGCGCUCUCGGAUUUACUGUGGGAAGAUAUGGUAGCAGGUCCUGAACCGCAAAGAUUGAAAGUUCCUUACUGAGUAACAAACCAGUUAAAAUGGCGUUUUCGUGGUGACCUGAUCAGAGUGCAUUGUUACAAAUGCUUUGUAUUAGUUUCUUGUUCCAUUGUCUGUAGAAACUCAGUUCCUGAAUAAAACUCUGAACCAGCUUCAAGUUAUUUGUA